GACAACAGUGACAACGGUGACAACGGUGACAAAGGUAAAAACGGUGACAACAGUGACAACACUAACAACGGUGACAACGGUGACAAGGGUGACAACGGUGACAACAGUGUCAACAGUGACAACGGUGACAACAGUGACAACGGUGACAACAGUGACAACAGUGACAACGGUGAAAACAGUGACAACGGUGACAACAGUGACAACGGUGACAACGAUGACAACGGUGACAACGGUAACAACAGUGACAACAGUGACAAAGGUGACAACGGUGACAACAGUGACAACAGUGACAACAGUGACAACAGUGACAACGGUGACAACGAUGAAAACAAUGACAACAGUGACAACAGCGACAACAGUGACAAUAGUGACAACUGUGACAACAGUGACAACGGUGACAAUAGUGACAACCGUGACAACGUUGACAACAGUAAAAACAGUGACACAAAACUGAGAACAAAACUGAGAACACCGACAACACUGACAACACUGACAACGGUGACAACAGUGACAAUGCUGACAAUGGUGACAACAGAGAACAACAGUGACAACGGUGAAAACAAUGACAACAGUGACCACGGUGACAACGGUGACAACAGUGCCAACAGUGACAACGGUGACAACAGUGAUAACAGUGAUAAUAGUGAUAACGGUGAAAACAGUGACAACAGUGACAACAGUGACAACGGUGACAACUGUGACAACAGUGACAACUGUGACAACGGUGGCAACGGUGACAACGGUGACAACGGUGACAACGAUGACAAUGGUGACAACGGUAACAACAGUGACAACAGUGACAAAGGUGACAACGGUGACAACAGUGACAACAGUGACAACGGUGACAACGAAGACAACAAUGACAACAGUGACAACAGCGACA